AUGGCAGGAUGUGAGUUGGUUUCUUCAUCUGAUGAUGAAACCUACGGUGGAGGUAGUGACAAUACAAUCGGUAGGGCAGCUCGGUUAGAAGAAGCUAGAUGUGAAGCUGUUCGUAGUCAGUGUGCUGUUAUAACUCUGCUGUUGCAUCGUCAUGCUAGACUCACAGCUGAAGUUGCAGCUGAAAUAACAGGGUCUACACUGAAUAUUUCAAUACCUUCAGAUACAGAAUCACAGGAAGCAAUUCAUCCAUCAUCAGGCUUAUCUGAAGAAGCAUUACGGAAUAUUUUGUUUUGGUUGAAAGGCCGUUUAGUCCAAGUAGUACUUGAACACUGUGACCAGUUAGUCCCGUAUCUUGAUAAACUAGAUGAAUUUAUUUGUGGAGCUCACCCUGAAGUUCAAGAUGUAUUUCAACAGCUUCGUUCUUUGUAUGAUUGA